AUGGUGGUCGUGCAUCUGCCGCCACCGCCCGCUAAAUACAACUCCUCUCGGAUCACUGUCAAUGGGAACGAACUCAAAACCGUGGAAAACUUCGCACACUCGCGCAGCGCAAGAGCAGACGACGAGAUUGUCCAUCGACUCUCCAAAGUCAGCCAAGCCUUCGACCGGCUGCAGGACUCCGUGUGGAAUAGCCACGGCCUGCUCCUGACCAUCGAACUGAAGAUCUACAAGGCCGUUGUCUUGCCGACACUUCUGUACGGAGCAGAAACAAGGACCGUCCACUCAAGCUACGUCCGGAGCCUCAACCCUUUCUAUCUCAGCUGCCUUCGCAGGAUACUGCGGUUGAGUUGGCAGGACAAGUUUCCGGACACGGAAGUCCUGGAACGGACCGGAAUCCUCAGCAUCCACGACAACUGA